UUCGUCGAAGGGCCUCUCGUGGCAGCCGUCAGGCAAGCAAGCUCUGAGACUUUGGAAGCAAUCAGCAUCAUCCUACAAGGCUCGACAGAUUCCAUCAUAUUGGCCGAGCAAGCGGGUGCUGCCCCGAUCAAAAAGCACCCAAAUUUCCGCCUAUUUGCUUGCAUGAAUCCUGCGACGGAUGUUGGGAAAAAAGACCUCCCGGGCCAAUUGAGGUCCUACUUCACAGAGCACUAUGUGAUACCUCCUGAUGCGGACAGAGAUGCCCUCCUUUCCAUCAUCAGUAAAUACAUUGGUCACGUUGCAAUGGCCGAUAAGCAAGCUAUCAUGGACAUGGCAGAAUUUUACACAGAAGCGCGAAAAAUGGCAGAACGCGGGGAAAUAGCAGAUGGCUCAAAUCAGCGGCCACAUUACAGUAUGAGAACGCUUGCAAGGGCAUUGGCCUUUGCGGUAGAUGUUUCCAACGCGUUUGUUUUCCGCCGCGCUUUGUGGGAGGGCUCCCUAAUGGCAUUUUCAACGGUACUGGAGCCCCAGAGUGCUGCAGCCCUCCAACGACUGGCUUUUCAGCAUAUAUUCAAUGGCUGUAAAAAUGUCAAAUCCCUUUUAAGUCAGAUGCCUCCAUGUCCACCAGGCGCAUUUAUUGCUCUUGGCCCUUUCUGGUUAGCCCAAGGUCCAAACCAGCCGCUUCCGGUGGACCAUUAUAUCCUAACGCCGUCGGUACAAGCCAAACUUCUUGAUCUCGCCAGAGUCAUUUUGACUCGCCGCUUUCCUAUCCUCAUUGAGGGUCCCACUUCUAGUGGCAAAACUAGUGCCAUCGAAUACCUGGCUAGACUCACCGGACAUCGUUUUGUUCGCAUUAAUAACCACGAGCACACAGAUAUACAAGAGUAUAUUGGCUCAUAUGUCACGAAUCCAAGUGACGGUCGACUAGUGUUCCACGAAGGCUUACUGGUGCAAGCCCUUCGCAGGGGGGAAUGGAUCGUUCUGGACGAGUUAAACCUUGCCCCAAGUGAUGUAUUAGAGGCUCUUAAUCGACUACUUGAUGACAAUCGGGAGUUGCUAGUUCCUGAAACCGGGGAGGUCAUCAAACCACAUCCUAACUUCGUCCUAUUCGCUACCCAGAACCCCUCAGGCCUUUAUGCUGGUCGAAAAAUUCUCUCAAGAGCAUUUCGAAAUCGGUUUUUGGAGGUUCACUUCCAAGACGUGCCACCGCAUGAACUGGAGCAAAUCAUUGAAGAACGCUGCCAAAUUCCGAAGUCAUAUGCACACCGUAUUGUCACAGUCUUUCAUGAGCUACAGGCUCGACGUCAGACUGAUCGAGUGUUCGAAACAAAGCACGGGUUCGCCACGUUGCGAGAUCUUUUUCGGUGGGCAGGCAGAGAGGCAGGCAGUGUGCAAGAACUGGCAGACAACGGAUACAUGCUCAUCGCAGAAAGAAGCCGCAAACUAGAGGACAAGUUAGUUGUCAAAGAAGUGAUCGAAGAAGUGAUGAAAGUUCGCAUAGAGGAAACGGUUCUCUACAACAUUCGCGAUCCUAAGCUGCCUUGUCCGGCUCCACAAGAUACUUCGGUGAUUUGGACUACGUCAAUGCAAAGAUUAUUCAUUCUAUUGGCACGUGCUCUACAACAUAGUGAGCCUGUUCUGCUGGUCGGUGACACUGGUUGUGGUAAGACUUCAGUGUGCGAACUGUAUGCUGCAGCGCGCCAAUUAGAAUUAAAGACCGUCAACUGUCAUCAGAAUAUGGAAACCGCGGAUCUUCUCGAACUUACAGAAUCUUUGCCCGAGGCAAAAUUAACAGAAGCAUGGGCAGCUGCGCAAAAUCCAGAGGACAAGGCUAUUCUCCGUGAAAUAGCGCAGCUGAUGAACCGGUCGACACCUUUAUUCGAAUGGAGUGAUGGCCCUCUGGUCUCAUCUAUGCAAUCUGGCUCCCUUUUCCUCCUUGACGAGAUCUCUCUCGCAGAUGAUUCUGUGCUAGAAAGAAUGAACAGUGUCCUCGAACCGUCAAGAACCUUGGUUCUUGCCGAGAAAGGUGGAUGGAACUCAGACAACUUAGAGAUCACAGCAAAAGAUGGAUUUCGACUGGUUGCUACCAUGAAUCCGGGUGGCGACUAUGGCAAAAAGGAGCUUUCUCCCGCCUUGAGAAACCGAUUUACGGAAAUCUGGGUGCCCCCUGUAGAUAAUCGAGAUGACAGACUAGCAAUCGUCCAGGCCUCAUGGAGACACCGUGAACUUCAGCCAUAUACUGAAGCUGUUAUUGACUUCGCACAUUGGAUCGGAAGAAAGUUCCAGGACGACCUCACCAUCGGCCUUCGUGACCUUCUCAAUGAGGGAACACACGGAGCUCUCCUUAAACGAAAUUUUCAUGGCCUUGCCUCCCUACCACAAGCUCAGAGCUGGGGAGGGAAUGCCAUCGUCAAGUUCAAAGAAGAUGCUCGAGUAGAACUUACGAAACUGGUCCCUAGCGACUGGGAUCCACUGAAGGACUAUCCAAUUUCUUCCAGUGCUGAUACAUUCGGGAUUGGUCCUUUCAAA